AUGUUGGGUUUCUCUAAAUUUGCCGCUCGCAGCGGCGUCGCCAGAAGGGCGUUUUCCACUUCCCCCCGCAUUUGCCAACAAGCUAGCUUGAACGCCAAGCCUUCGUUUGUCAGAAGAGCUGGUAAGUUCGCGCUGCGCGCGACUUUGGGUUCCGUGCUCGUCGGUACCGCCUACGUCUCCUACAAGUUGUACCGUGAGUCCAACCCGGCUCCCCAGAAGCCUCAGGCUGCCACUUUCGACAACGGUUCUCCAAGAAAGACGCUGGUCAUCUUGGGUUCCGGUUGGGGCUCCGUCUCCCUGUUGAAAAACCUCGACACCACCCUCUACAACGUGGUGGUCGUCUCUCCAAGAAACUACUUCCUGUUCACCCCUCUGUUGCCCUCCACCCCUGUCGGAACUAUCGAAUUGAAGUCCAUCGUCGAGCCCGUUAGAAGCAUCGCCAGAAGAUCUCCCGGUGAGGUGAUCUACUACGAAGCCGAAGCUACCGACAUCGACCCAACCGAAAAGACCUUGAAGAUCAAAUCCAUCAGCAAGGACGACACCGAAAUGGACUUGAAGUACGACUACUUGGUCGUUGGUGUAGGUGCUCAACCAACCACCUUCGGUAUCCCAGGUGUCUUCGAAAACGCUUCUUUCUUGAAGGAAAUCCCAGAUGCCCAAGAGAUCAGAAUCAAGAUGAUGAACAACAUCGAAAAGGCCGCCAGCUUGUCUCCUAACGACCCAGAAAGAAAGAGAUUGUUGAACUUUGUUGUUGUCGGCGGUGGUCCAACCGGUGUCGAAUUCGCCGCAGAGUUGCAAGACUACAUCGACCAGGACUUGUCUAAGUGGAUGCCUGUUUUGUCCAAGGAGCUAAAGGUCACUUUGGUUGAGGCUUUGCCAAACAUCUUGAACAUGUUCGACAAGACCCUUGUCGAAUACGCGCAGGACUUGUUCAAGCAAGAAAAAAUCGAUUUGAAACUAAAGACCAUGGUAAAGAACGUCACUCCAACCACCAUCACUGCCAAAAGCGGUGACAACCUCGAAGAGAUCCCUUACGGUAUUCUAGUGUGGGCCACCGGUAAUGCGCCAAGAGAUGUCACCAAAAAACUGAUGGGAAAGAUGGAAUCUCAAAACUCCAGACGUGGUUUGCUAAUCAACGACAAAUUGCAAUUGCUAGGUGCCGAGGACUCUGUCUGGGCCGUUGGUGACUGUACUUUCUACCCUGGUUUGUUCCCAACCGCUCAAGUCGCUCACCAAGAAGGUGAAUACUUGGCUUCCGUCUUGAGAAAACAAUACAAGAUCGAUCAAUUGAAGUGGCAAAUGGUUCAAAACUCCAACGCAUCUGAAACCGCCAAGGUCAAGGCCAAGGUUGACAAGUUGCAAGGACAAAUCAAGCCUUUCAAGUAUAACCACCAAGGUGCGUUGGCUUACAUUGGUUCAGAAAAAGCCAUUGCUGAUCUAGCCAUUGGUGAAUCCAAGUACCAAUUGGCUGGUUCCUGGACAUUUUUGUUCUGGAAGUCCGCCUACCUGGGCAUGUGUCUUUCUUUCAGAAACAGAAUCCUUGUCGCCUUAGACUGGGCCAAGGUUUCUUUCUUUGGAAGAGACUCCUCCGUGUAA